UUCAUUGUUCACAAAUAUUAUUCAAUCUCUUUCCAUUUCUAAGUUUUACAGGCUUCACAGUGCAGAGAGAGAGAGAGAGAGAGUGGGAAAAGCCGAAAGAAGCUUCUCUUUCUUCAUCUACUUGAUUGUCACUUAGUCCUUGCUGUAAACAGCUUCUUCUUGCUCUUGUUCUUCUUGUUUAAAAGGCAUUUUCUGCUUCUGUGGGUGUUAUUACUGUGAUUUAUUUAAGGUUUGGGCUGGUGAAGCUUUGAUGUCUGUGUCUUUGGAGCAUGAUUACAUAGGCUUAUCGGAGCCUCCUCCUCCUUCAAUGGAAGGCUCUGAGAGGAAAAGCGGGGGCUUGAACCUUAAAGCCACUGAGCUGAGGCUUGGCUUGCCUGGGUCCGAGUCACCGGAGAGAGAUAACGGGUACCCGCUUGGGGUGGUGAAGAGCAUGUUGGGAGUGUCGUCUGGGGCCAAGAGGGGCUUCUCCGACGCCAUUGAUGGAAGCUCUGGGAAGUGGGUUUUCUCUGGGAGUGGUGGAUCUGAAGCUGAGUUGGGUAAAGGUGGGAACUUGUUCUCUCCCAGAGGUAGUAAUAGUGUGGGGAAGGGUGGUCUUGGAAGUGGGUCGGAGGUUAACAAUCAGAAUACGGGUGUGGGUGGUCCGGUUUUGAAAGAUGGUAAUGCUGUUGGUCCUCAGUCGCCUAAGCCGUUGCAGGAGAAGAAGCCUCAGCUCUCUGCUCCUGCGGCAAAGGCACAGGUUGUGGGAUGGCCACCAAUUCGCUCUUUCCGGAAGAAUUCAAUGGCUUCUCAUCCUCCAAAGAGUGACGAUGAUGCAGAGGGCAAGUUGGGAUGGCCACCAAUUCGCUCUUUCCGGAAGAAUUCAAUGGCUUCUCAUCCUACAAAGAGUGACGAUGACGCAGAGGGCAAGUUGGGAUCUGGGUGUCUUUAUGUCAAGGUCAGCAUGGAUGGUGCUCCAUACCUGAGGAAGAUUGAUCUCAAAACCUAUGGCAGCUACAUGGAACUCUCUUCAGCAUUGGAAAAGAUGUUCAGCUGCUUUACAAUUGGUCAGUGUGGCUCUCAUGGAGUUCCAAGCAGAGAUGGAUUGAGCGAGAGCCGUUUAAUGGAUCUCCUCCAUGGUUCUGAAUAUGUACUCACCUAUGAAGACAAGGAUGGUGAUUGGAUGCUAGUUGGUGAUGUUCCCUGGGAGAUGUUCACCGACUCAUGUAAGAGGAUGAGGAUUAUGAAGAGUUCGGAUGCCAUUGGGCUAGCCCCAAGGGCAAUGGAAAAGUGCAAAAACCGUAACUAGGGCACAACACUAGCGCAAUGGAUGGAUAUGAUAGUCUAAUUAAGCAUAAUGAUAAUGGAUGUGGUUUCUAUCUAAAUGCUGAAAGCCAUGAAUGGGCCUCAAAAUCGGCCCCGCUGUUUCCUUUCUAUGUAUGGUUCUAAAUGUUGAAGAUUUGAUGUAAUGAAAAAACAAUGUAGUAGGUAAGAUAUAUCAUCCUAGAUGGUCCCCAUGUUUCUUAGGUUCCCCCCUCUCCUCUCUCUCUCUCUUUCUGUGAUGUAAUCCGAUUCUGAUUGCUGGUUGUUAAGCUUACAGUAUUAUGUAAAUGGUUUGCUUGCUGUAGAA